AUGCUUGAUUAAGUUCUACAAGUUAUUGGAUUACAAAAAAAUGAGGAAUAGCAAAUGGAGGCUCUAUAUGACGAUUUUUAGAGGCCUCCAAAGAUUUCAAUUGCAAUGAUGCAUGCUGCAGCCACAAAAUUUGCUAAGACUGACUAAAAUAUUGAUCUUGAUAAAACGAAUGUUUGCCCUUGUUGUGGAUUACCUGCUGUUAUCGAAGAAAUCCCAUUAUGUUCAUCAAGAAGCGAAUUCAGCUUCAAUGGUUCAGGAAUAGCAUUAUAUUUCGAUUUCUUAGUUUUUUCUGGCAUCAUUGUCUUUACUUACAUGUAUCUUAAUUCAAUAAAAAUAUAGAGCCAUCAGUUGUGGCUACAAUAUCUAUGUUAAUUCUCAUGGAAAUCGAUGUAAUCAUAUCAAUAGUAGUCUUGCUGACAAAUGCAAAACAGACUUCUUUAAUUAAUUUUCAUUAACAAAUGAUCAUGAGUAAUAAUAUUUAACAUAUCUAAUAGAUAAUUAGAUGACACUCGUAGCAUUCUCAAUUUUGUAUCCUUAGUAGUAAUUGUGUUUAUGACUUUAUUUUACAGAAGACACAUUAACAAAAUUGCUAUGGAAUUAGAUGAUGCAGCUAUCUUAUCCUCUGAUUAUUCAAUAUUUGUUGAGAAUAUCCCUAGAGAUGCAAAAGAGAUAGAAAUUUAAGAAUAUUUUUCUUAAUUAUUCCAAAAUGAAAAAGUUGAAUUUAGAAAAUUAUGCAUUGCAUAUGAAAUCCAGCCUUAUUUGAAAUUGAACACUCAAAAAUAAUUGAAGGAAUCUGUGCUUACAAAAGUACUGGAACUAGAAGCAGAAGGAAAAUCCAUACCUAAAUCAAUUCCACCUAGAGACUAACUAAAAUAAGAAAUAGAAAAAAUUUCAAAGGAAUUAGAUGAUAUGGAAGAUAAUAGAGCUAAUAUUUUCAAAUUCAGUGGAAUUUGCAUAAUUAGUUAUAAUUAUGAAAGACAAGCUGAUAAUGUUUGUAAAACUUUCAAAGCCACAAGAUUUUAGAUUUUAUUAGAUUAAUUAGGAUUUGAAUAAAAUUAAUUCUAAAAAUUUAGAAACAAUAACCUCUUUGUAAGGAAGGCGCCAGAACCAGGGGAUAUAAUUUGGGGUAACCUCGGUAUUACAAUUAAAGAGUAGUAUAAAAGAACUUUAAUAACUAAUGCUAUGACUCUACUUUUGUUGGCUAUUGGUUUUGGGUUAUUACUUGGAUUAUCUUAUCUAUAGAAUGUCAUUAAUUAAAAUAUUUCAAAAGGGUCAAAUGCAGAAGCAGCUAUUGUUACUGUUAUCGGAUUUGCAUCAUCAAUACUUAUUUUGGUAAUAAAUACAGUAUUAGCAAAAAUGAUUANGAAUAGCAAAUGGAGGCUCUAUAUGACGAUUUUUAGAGGCCUCCAAAGAUUUCAAUUGCAAUGAUGCAUGCUGCAGCCACAAAAUUUGCUAAGACUGACUAAAAUAUUGAUCUUGAUAAAACGAAUGUUUGCCCUUGUUGUGGAUUACCUGCUGUUAUCGAAGAAAUCCCAUUAUGUUCAUCAAGAAGCGAAUUCAGCUUCAAUGGUUCAGGAAUAGCAUUAUAUUUCGAUUUCUUAGUUUUUUCUGGCAUCAUUGUCUUUACUUACAUGUAUCUUAAUUCAAUAAAAAUAUAGAGCCAUCAGUUGUGGCUACAAUAUCUAUGUUAAUUCUCAUGGAAAUCGAUGUAAUCAUAUCAAUAGUAGUCUUGCUGACAAAUGCAAAACAGACUUCUUUAAUUAAUUUUCAUUAACAAAUGAUCAUGAGUAAUAAUAUUUAACAUAUCUAAUAGAUAAUUAGAUGACACUCGUAGCAUUCUCAAUUUUGUAUCCUUAGUAGUAAUUGUGUUUAUGACUUUAUUUUACAGAAGACACAUUAACAAAAUUGCUAUGGAAUUAGAUGAUGCAGCUAUCUUAUCCUCUGAUUACUCAAUAUUUGUUGAGAAUAUCCCUAGAGAUGCAAAAGAGAUAGAAAUUUAAGAAUAUUUUUCUUAAUUAUUCCAAAAUGAAAAAGUUGAAUUUAGAAAAUUAUGCAUUGCAUAUGAAAUCCAGCCUUAUUUGAAAUUGAACACUCAAAAAUAAUUGAAGGAAUCUGUGCUUACAAAAGUACUGGAACUAGAAGCAGAAGGAAAAUCCAUACCUAAAUCAAUUCCACCUAGAGACUAACUAAAAUAAGAAAUAGAAAAAAUUUCAAAGGAAUUAGAUGAUAUGGAAGAUAAUAGAGCUAAUAUUUUCAAAUUCAGUGGAAUUUGCAUAAUUAGUUAUAAUUAUGAAAGACAAGCUGAUAAUGUUUGUAAAACUUUCAAAGCCACAAGAUUUUAGAUUUUAUUAGAUUAAUUAGGAUUUGAAUAAAAUUAAUUCUAAAAAUUUAGAAACAAUAACCUCUUUGUAAGGAAGGCACCAGAACCAGGAGAUAUAAUUUGGGGUAACCUCGGUAUUACAAUUAAAGAGUAAUAUAAAAGAACAUUAAUAACUAAUGCUAUGACUCUACUUUUGUUGGCUAUUGGUUUUGGGUUAUUACUUGGAUUAUCUUAUCUAUAGAAUGUCAUUAAUUAAAAUAUUUCAAAAGGGUCAAAUGCAGAAGCAGCUAUUGUUACUGUUAUCGGAUUUGCAUCAUCAAUACUUAUUUUGGUAAUAAAUACAGUAUUAGCAAAAAUGAUUAUCAAAUUUGCUGAAUUAGAGUAAUAAGCUACAAGAACAGAUUAUAAUAUAAGUGUUGCGUACAAAAUGGGAGUAGCUCAAUUUCUAAACACAGCCAUAUUAACUUUAAUUAUCAAUCUUUUUAUAUCAGAAAAUAUCUCAAGUUUAGAUUAGGCUAUUUGGUAGACUGGUGGACUCAAUUCAGAUGUGAUGCUGAUUUUCAUUACUAAUUCAAUAAUGCCAUGGUUAACUCAAUUGAUAGAUUUCAAUUAUUUUUAUAAAUUGUAUGUUAGAUAGAAAAUAAUUAAAUAAGGAGAAAAUUGUAAAUACACUUAAAAUGAAGCUAACAAGUAUUCUAAACUAUAUUUUUAGAGCAUUUGAAGGACCAUCAAUUGAUUUGUCAUAAAAAUAUGCAAAUUUAUGCAAAACUCUAAUGUUUACAUUCUUAUAUUCAGCAUUAUUACCAAUUGGUGUUUGUUUUACUUUCAUUUCAAUUGUUUGCAUAUAUUGGGCUGAAAAAUACUUAUUAGUAAGAAGAGAUUCAAAGCCUGCUCCAACUGGAAGUGCUAUGGCUGAAGCUAUGAUCAAUUUUUAUAUCGAGCUAAUACUUUUGUUAUUUUCUGUAAUCUACUUACAUUAACGAUUUAGUUAGGAUGCACAUUUUGGGAAUGGGUGAAUUAUGAUAAAGUACACGUUCUAACGUGGUUAUAAUUGGGUUUAUCUACUUUGCAUUAUUUGAUUCCUGUUGAGAAAAUCUGUGGAUGCAUUGUAGAUUUAGGAAUCGACAAUGCCACUAUUUUAUCUUAUGAUUAGAAAUAUUUAACUUUCUAUGAUGAUUAUGAUCGACGUAACCCUGUUACUCUCGAUGCAGCCAAAGAGAAGUGGAUUAAACUUCAUUAGGAAAUAGUUUAGCCAAACUCCUAAACAAAAGCUAAGUAAAUUAAUCUAUUAAAUAUAGUAAUUUAUUACAAAAAUAUAAAUUACUUAAUCAUAUCACCUAAGGAUUAACAAAGAUUCAUCCAUUAAAUAGUAAAAACGUCAAAGAGAGUGAUGAAAUAUAAGAACUACAAUUUUGA